AUGUCCUGCGCCCCAGCCAUGGAGAGCGAGCAUCUCCCAGCCCGCUGCCAGCUCUGGACCCUGAUGGACACGAAGUGGGUGACCUCUGAGUUGGCAUGGACAACUCAUCCGGAGACGGGGUGGGAAGAAGUCAGCGGUUACGACGAGGCCAUGAAUCCCAUCCGCACGUACCAGGUGUGCAACGUGCGGGAGGCCAACCAGAACAACUGGCUUCGCACCAAGUUCAUCCAGCGCCAGGACGUCCAGCGCGUCUACGUGGAGCUGAAGUUCACCGUGCGGGACUGCAACAGCAUCCCCAACAUCCCCGGCUCCUGCAAGGAGACCUUCAACCUCUUCUAUUAUGAGUCGGAUACAGAUUCUGCCUCUGCAAACAGCCCUUUCUGGAUGGAGAACCCCUAUAUCAAAGUGGAUACAAUUGCCCCGGACGAGAGCUUCUCCAAGCUGGAGUCUGGACGUGUGAACACCAAGGUGCGCAGCUUUGGCCCUCUCUCCAAGAAUGGCUUUUACCUGGCCUUCCAGGACCUGGGAGCCUGCAUGUCCCUCAUCUCCGUCCGGGCUUUCUACAAGAAAUGCUCCAACACCAUUGCUGGCUUUGCUAUCUUCCCGGAGACUUUAACGGGGGCCGAGCCCACCUCGCUGGUCAUUGCUCCGGGCACUUGCAUCCCCAACGCCGUGGAGGUGUCUGUACCCUUGAAGCUGUACUGCAACGGAGGAGAUGGCGAGGGGAUGGUGCCCGUGGGAGCGUGCACGUGCGCCGCUGGAUACGAGCCGACCAUGAAAGAUACCCAGUGCCAAGCCUGUGGCCCAGGAACCUUCAAAUCUAAGCAGGGAGAAGGUCCCUGCUCUCCCUGCCCUCCCAACAGCCGGACCGCCUCGGGAGCAGCAACGGUCUGCACAUGUCGAAAUGGCUUUUUCCGGGCAGACACGGACCCCGCAGACAGCGCCUGCACCA